AUGGCCUCUGCCCGCCUGGCCCGGGGGCCGACGCGCCCGCUCGCCGCGGGGUCGCCCCUGCUGCCGCCGCUGCUGCUCCUGCUGCUGCUGUUGCUGCUGCUGCUGCUGGGGGCGCCGGGCCCGGGGGCGGCCCUGAGCGGGAACGAGACGGGGCCUGGGCCGCGGGCCGCCGAGGCGAGCGCCAGGAGGAGCGCGGCGGGGACCGGCCCUCCGCCGCUGCUCAGCCACUGCGGCCGCGUCGCCUCCUGCGAGCCGCUGCGCUACAACGUGUGCCUGGGCUCGGCGCUGCCCUACGCCGCCACCUCCACGCUGCUGGCCGGGGACUCGGAAUCCCAGGAGGAGGCGCACGGCAAGCUCGUGCUCUGGUCCGGUCUCCGGAAUGCCCCCCGCUGCUGGGCAGUGAUCCAGCCCCUGCUGUGCGCUGUGUACAUGCCCAAGUGUGAGAAUAACCGUGUGGAGCUACCCAGUCGCACCCUGUGCCAGGCCACCCGUGGCCCCUGUGCCAUCGUGGAGAGGGAACGGGGCUGGCCCGACUUCCUGCGCUGCACCCCCGACCGCUUUCCCGAGGGCUGCCCGAACGAGGUGCAGAACAUCAAGUUCAAUAGUUCGGGACAGUGCGAGGCCCCCCUGGUUCGGACCGACAACCCCAAGAGCUGGUACGAGGACGUGGAGGGCUGUGGGAUUCAGUGCCAGAACCCGCUCUUCACCGAAGCCGAGCACCGGGACAUGCACCGGUACAUCGCGACCUUCGGCGCCGUCACCGGCCUCUGCACGCUCUUCACCUUGGCCACCUUCGUGGCCGACUGGCGGAACUCGAAUCGCUACCCUGCCGUGAUCCUCUUCUAUGUCAACGCAUGCUUCUUCGUGGGCAGCAUUGGCUGGCUGGCCCAGUUCAUGGACGGCGCCCGCCGGGAGAUCGUCUGCCGUGCAGACGGCACCAUGAGGCUGGGGGAGCCCACUUCCAACGAGACCCUGUCGUGUGUCAUCAUCUUUGUCAUCGUCUACUAUGCCCUGAUGGCCGGAGUUGUGUGGUUUGUGGUCCUCACCUAUGCCUGGCACACCUCCUUCAAGGCACUGGGCACCACCUACCAGCCUCUGUCGGGCAAGACCUCCUACUUCCACCUGCUCACGUGGUCUCUGCCCUUUGUGCUCACAGUGGCGAUCCUCGCAGUGGCCCAGGUGGACGGGGACUCAGUGAGCGGCAUCUGUUUCGUGGGCUACAAGAACUACCACUACCGCGCUGGCUUCGUGCUAGCCCCCAUUGGCCUGGUGCUCAUUGUGGGUGGCUACUUCCUCAUCCGGGGUGUCAUGACUCUCUUCUCCAUCAAAAGUAACCACCCCGGGCUGCUGAGCGAGAAGGCUGCCAGCAAGAUCAACGAGACCAUGCUGCGGCUGGGCAUUUUUGGCUUCCUGGCCUUUGGCUUUGUGCUCAUCACCUUCAGCUGCCACUUUUAUGACUUCUUCAACCAGGCUGAGUGGGAACGCAGCUUCCGGGACUACGUGCUGUGCCAGGCCAAUGUGACCAUAGGGCUGACCACCAAGAAGCCCAUCCCUGACUGUGAGAUCAAGAACCGCCCCAGCCUCCUGGUGGAGAAGAUCAACCUGUUCGCUAUGUUCGGGACCGGCAUCGCCAUGAGCACCUGGGUCUGGACCAAGGCCACGCUACUCAUCUGGAGGCGCACUUGGUGCAGGUUGACGGGGCAGAGUGAUGAUGAGCCCAAACGCAUCAAGAAGAGCAAGAUGAUCGCCAAGGCCUUCUCCAAGCGGCGGGAGCUGCUGCAGAACCCAGGCCAGGAGCUCUCCUUCAGCAUGCACACAGUCUCCCACGACGGGCCCGUGGCUGGUUUGGCCUUUGACCUCAACGAACCUUCAGCUGAUGUGUCCUCUGCCUGGGCCCAGCAUGUCACCAAGAUGGUGGCUCGAAGGGGUGCCAUCCUCCCUCAGGAUGUGUCUGUCACCCCUGUGGCAACUCCAGUGCCUCCAGAGGAAAAAGCUAACCUGUGGCUGGUGGAGGCCGAGAUCUCGCCCGAGCUGGAGAAGCGGCUGGGCCGGAGGAAGAAGCGGAGGAAGAGGAAGAAGGAGGUGUGCCCACUGGGGCCACCCCCGGGCCCCGCGCCCGCGCCCAGCGCUGUCCCACGCCUGCCCCAGCUGCCCCGGCACAAGUGCCUGGUGGCCACGGGCGGCUGGGGAGCGGGGGAGCCCUGCCGACAGGGCGCCUGGACCCUGGUCUCCAACCCCUUCUGCCCAGAGCCCAACCCCCUGCAGGCCCCUUUCCUGCCCAGCGCCCCCGGCCCCUCGGCCUGGGUUCAGGACCGCCGCCAGGGGCUGGGGCCCAUUCACUCCCGCACCAAUCUGAUGGAGGCCGAGCUCCUGGACGCUGACUCGGACUUCUGAGCCUGGACAGCAUCCCUGGGGUGGGGGUGGGG